CAGAUGCAUCUCCCAAGAGAUGACGUGAGUAAACGUUGGGUACAACACUGCGUGCCCGGACCUCCCCAGGUGUCGGCUGUGACUCAAGUGUUUAAUGUUGGGCAUUUGAAUCACGGGAAGUGGCUGUUUGCAGGGCUGCUCACAACUCCAGCCCCACAGGAGCCCUGCCCCUUUGGAAGCGUGCCCUGCCACUCUGAAGGGCAAAGAUUUACCCAGUGCAGCUCGAUUUGAAGCCAUUCUGUGAUGUUUUGCAAGCGCACAUCCACUGCACAGCUGUUGGCAAUGAGCAGACACCUUGCUAGUGCUGUUGGUGCCUCAAGAAGGGCAUGAGGGUCUCUCACGCUCUUUUUAAGCUAGAUGGUGGUCGGGCUCGAGCACAGGCUCCGCAGGACAGUGACACGGCCCCAAGCUGCCGGAGUUCAAGCAGCGUUUGGACACGGCGUUCAGACAUAGGGUUUGAAUUGGGGUGGUCCGAAGCGGAGCGGUGUGAUCGCUGUGGGCUCGGCUCAGGGCACGGGACCGCCCGGGGCCGUGACGGGUGCGGGGCGGGGCGGGCCGGGCUGCGGGGCCGGGCUCAGCGCGAGUGGGUGCGCGGCGGCGUGGGGCGGGCACGCAAGACACGGGCACAGACACGGGCACGGCUCCCCGCCGCCUUAGGAUUGCGGGCUGCGUUUGGGGCUGUUUAUUCGCUUUUUUGUUGUUUUUUUUUUUUUUUUUUUUUUUUUUAAUCGCCCAGGACUGGAAGCGGGAGCCGCGGAGCUGAAGCUGCUAUGCCCACUGAAAUCAGCCGGGCUGUGAAAAUGCACGCGAUCCCCGACCUGCACUCGUCUCUCAGCGUGCGGCUGCUCAACAAGGGGCCGGAGUACCUCCGACGGCAGCUGGGGGCCGGCAACCCCGGCCGGAGGAGCGCGGCGGAGCGGCUGGCGGCCGAUAAGGCCAAGUAUGUGAAAAGUCAGCAGGUAAUCAGCACCAAGCAGGAGCCCGUCAUCGUGCUCAGCUCGGCCUCGGAGUGCAGCAGCGAGAGCUGCUCUGUGGAGAGCACCAAAACCAGCAGGGACUUGGGCAGAGGGAAGGUUACGAAGCCUCUGGAGCGGGCGAAGGCGGGGUGCGCCUGGAGGGGCCCCCUGCAGCACGGCCCCCCCAUCGCCCGGCGCAGCACCCCCAGGAGGCAGGGCCGGCCCGACUCCCUGGUGAUCUACCGCCAGAAGUGCGAGCUGGGUAGAGGGCAGAGCCAGGACGGCUCGCGAGGCAGCUUGGUCAGGAGGUUCUUCCAAGGGCCUGCUGGCAAGGAGAAGCAGUUGGCUUCCCCUGGGGUGCCCAGAGUCAUCAUGGAGGACAGCACGGCCGCCGAGAGCAAAGAGCCUCACCCGGAUGAACUCCCUGUCUGUGAGCCUGGCGGCUGUGAAGCUGAGCAAGCCAUCACAGCGAGCACCAAAGAACCGGACGUUUGUACAACAGAGCCUGAGAAGCCCUCUACAUUGCCUGCACCUCCUGAAGAGGUCAAGGAGGUGAAGAGGAGAGGUCUCCAUCGCUCCCAGUCGGACAUCAGCUCUCGCUACUCCAAGUCUUUCUCUGAGUUUGACACGUUCUUCAAGUUCUGUGGCCUGGAGCAGGAUGUCAUCGAGGACUUGGGGAGAGAGAACUUCUCGGUGGUAUCUGACAACGUCUCCUUCAAGAUCCGCAGCAUCAGUGUGGCCACGUCCGAGAGCGAUUUCACGCGGCACAGUGGGGACGAGGGGCUGCUGGAGGAUGAGCUCUCAGAGCAGGUUCCCAGCAGCACCUCGGUGAUCGAGCGCAACGCCCGCAUCAUCAAGUGGCUGUACACCUGUAAGAAAGCCAAGGAGAGCAGCAAGACGAUCCAGGAACUGGCGUGAAGGCUUCCUGCAGCGUGUGCUGCAGCCUGGCAAAUGCAAGAAUCCUUUGCUUGGAAAUUGAACAAGACCAGACACAGAAAGAAACUCUUCCCUCAUCUGGCUCGUGACUACUUCAAGUUCAGUAUUCUUGCCUUUUUACCUUGUCCUCAUCCCCUGGCAGCCUCACUCAUGUCACAAGUACAGAGAUAUCCAAGAGAAUGAUGACAAUUGGAGAUCGUGAACUGUACUGCAUCAAGACAGCAGAAAAUGAAAAGUCCUGGACAUGCAAAGCGUGCCAUUACGGGGAUAUCCAGCAUCAGGUCACUGCCCCAGGAUGUCACUCCAGGCUGUGGCCGAAGGUCCAUGUCAUGCGCCCAUCUCUUUCCAGUAAUGUUUGUGAGUAAGGAUGGGAAGAGAAAGUAGGAACGAAGUGGCAAUGACCCCUGGACAAGGCAUCACCCUGCAGGCAAGCUGGCUCCACCCAGCUUUUUAAAGGCCCAGUCCCAUGAGGGCUGUUUGACAGAGGCUCAUCAUGGCACUGAUAAAUGUUUGCCUGGCUGGUGAGGACUGGCUGGUGAGGACCAUUUGUGGAGGCUUUAUCUGGGAGGUUAUGUAAACACACUGUAAGCUAAAUCUCUGUCAAGCCUCUCUUUCUCUAAUGGUGUUCAAGCCACAUUGUACUGCCUUGUGUCUGUCUAGCUUGCUCUGUCUUACACUGUGCUCUACCAGUGGGGAGGAAUAGUUUUAAAAACACUGUCCAAAAUCUUUUCAACAGCACAAUUCCAAGGAACAGGUAAUAAAAAAAUAGGGUUGCCUUGCUGCAGGGUGCUCUAAUUCACAUUUAUGCAGUCUCCUCCAUUGUGCUUGCAACAUCUCUGACUACCAGAGAGGAUUUCAUUACAGUGUUUUGCACUUCAUGGCUCCACACCUUGCAUUUUAUGCACCAUGAGCAGAUGUUAUUGGGAAAUUGUAUACCAGGCUAUGCAAGAUCAGACUUCCCUAGUGUGGGUCUGGAGAAAUGUUAUUGUUGGGAUGGACAGGCUGGCAUCCCUGCACCAUGGGCCAAAGAACCUGUUAGGGGCUAUGCCAGGUAGAUAUCUUAGUGGGAUGAAAUCCAGUGUACGCAGCACCUUGCUCAAUAUUAUCAGUAGAAUGCUUCAUUUAAACUGGUUAAAUGAAACAUGCUUCAGAAGUACUUUGGAUAACUAGUGUAGUGAGUGGGGCCUAUACAAUAACUUAUGGGCCUAGCUGGCCAUGCCCCAAGUACCUCAGUCUGUCAUUACUUACUAGAAAGUGUCUGAGACCAAAGAAUAUCUUUGGAUGUUAAAAAAUACACACAAAGAUGUGAAAUAAAAACCAAUCAAAGACAUUCCCCCUUUGGCCAUAUUAAGGCCAAUCAGUGACAGCUGUGCAUCUAGGAUUCCAGCUGGGCCUCCUGCAGAGGUUAGGCAUGAGCUCUGUGUUGCCAUGGGCUUGGCUUCAUUUUCAGGGCUGGCCUUCACAUGGCCCUCAGACCUGGGGUGUGGGAAGUCCAGAAGAAGGAGCUUUAAUUCUCCACUUUCAUUCUCUGCUUGGUAGCGCAGGCCUCUUUGGGUCUCUUCUGGUUCAAAACAGCCUCCAGAGCAACCAGGUGGAAGCAGAGCUCCAAUGAGCACUUGGGCUGCAUUUUUAAAGUGUUUGUUGCUCUUGAUAAAUAAAAGCUGUUGGAGUGGAAAGGGCAAAAGAGAGUAGUGGCACUCCUAGAAAACACCUUUUCUAGGAAGGCUCAAUUUCCCAUUUGAACUUACACAAACAAUGGGGAAUGCUGACAGAGUUGCCCUUGAAGAACUAUUGACUGCUGCAGUUGUCAGCUGUUAAACUCAUGGCAAAAUGGCCAGGUUGCAUUUCCAUAUGUCUAAAAUAUGCUUGACAGUCACUUGGAGAAUAGUUUGCAAUUACAGCAACUGUUUGAGAAUGCAGGGCAUUUGCCUUCAUUUUCUAGUGUCACAUACUAAGGUCUACGUGUCUGAAAUUGUCUAGGUAGAUAACACUUCCUGAUAAAGUAAUUGUUGAACCUGCUUCCAAGUUAAGAGAAAACCAAAUAGUUUGCAUGAGUGAACCUCUGCCAAUUUAAGAGGGAAGUUUGUAUGUGGAGAUAUCUUUGUCAAAUAAUGAAAAUUCCAUGUGCAUUUGUUACAUUAUUUCCAUAGGAUGGUUCUUAGAAAACUACAACUCAAGAUGCUGCUAAUAUGAUUUAUGCAAUUAAGGUGCAGUUUUUAAAGGUACAAAGACUUGAUUUCUUAGUCAGGAACACAACCUACUGUAUCUGUUGUUUUCAUGCUCACUGUGUGAGGUAGUGUACUAUACAAGUAUUUAAGUGCUCUUGUCAGAGGCUGGUGACUACUUUUCUUUGCAAAUAUGAAUUGCCUGCAGACAGUUCAGAGUCCAGGAGGAGUCGUUUGUGUUACCAGUCAGUGCCCCGCUAUGAUACCAGAGUUGCUUUGCAUCUGGGGAAGAUCUUUUGUUUCGUUUUCAAACUUCCAUUUGUUUUGGCUUUUUAAGUUGAGCAGCUCUCAACUUUCAAGAUAAGAUGAUAAUGCUAAGGGGGAGGGAAAAGGAAGAUGCGUUGGUAGUGUGUUUUCAGUGGUUGGAAGGAAUAUGUUUAAUUGACUUGAAGGUAAUGAAAGCCAGCCUUUGAUAAAAACAAAAAAGAUUUUAUGACAGAGAUCACUGAAACCAGAACUGGAAUAUUUUUAAUUCCCUCUUAGUAUCUUUUUCAACAGUUGAACAUGAUUACGGUGUCAUUCUGCACUGAUGUAUAGCAAAAUUUCCUUGGCUUUGUUCAAGUUUUGAUAGGAGCCCUGAGUGCUCAAAGUAUCACCAAGAUGUGGACCUAAGAUCAUCCCCUGAUGAGCUUUAAAUUCAUUUGUUCAAAAAUACCUUCUGGGUAAGCUGAUAUAUAAUAAUAUACUACUACUACUACUACUACUAAUACUUUUCCCAGUAUGCCUGGAAAGGCAAUAGAUGGACAAUCCUUUUUCUGUACCUCUAGAGGAUGGAUGAUUUGGUGCUUAAUCCAAAGCUCAGUACUUCGCUCAGCUCCUGUUAUUGUUACAUGCUCUGGCUUUUCCUUUCUUCUGAUGGGUGCUUCAGUCAUAUCUCAAAAUCAGAAAAGUUUACUAGUGUUAGUCACUGCCUGUCUUUCCCCAAAAGGUGCUUUUACUACUUCAUUAUAAAAGACUUGGAAAGGUUGGUUUUACUCAGCUUUAGUGCUAAACUGAGGUAGAGCAGGCUGUUGAGGUAAAGCAGACACUUCAGCAAUGGAAAUGGAUUGCUGUUCUUUUGGGAAACCUCAGACUGAGGCAGAGGGCAAAGACAAGUCAUAAAUUGAAUGGUUGUGUUGAACUGUGUAAACUAAGAUAGUCGGACGGAGUUUUACACCCAAGUGUUUCAAAGUGCUUCAACACUGUGACAGGGGGCAAUGUCUGUGGGUGUAACAUAACAUGUGAAAGGUACAAAGUCCAAUUUUUAUUGCCUAGAAGCUAUUAUUUGCAAUAAAGACAAAGAGACUGUAACCCUUGCAACAUAUUGUAAAUAUUACUGUACAGAAAUCUAUAAGUUACAAAUAAAGAUUGUUCUAUGAUACACGUA